GUGAGCGCGUCAGUCCGAGCGCAGGUUUGAGUCCUGGAGUGUGUGAGAGGAUCAGUCAGGAAUAACGCGCCUCUGUUUCUCAGGCUUUAUUCUGGACCCAGACACUAUAACACACACAACACACACUCCUGCAGCCGAGACCACAAGAGGGAGCGGUUCACCCUGCUGCUGCUGUGUUUGCUCGGGUCUGAGUCCAUGCAAACUGCCAUCUGAUCCACGUUUAUCAAUGCGGGAGCUGAUCAUGGCGGAUGGCCCCCGGUGUAAGAGGCGAAAACAAGCCAACCCGCGGAGGAAAAACGCAGUGUUGGACUAUGAGAACGUUGUAGAAACCGGAUCAGAGACGGAAGAAGAAGACAGACUUCUGGUGUCGGAGGAGGACGGACUGCUCAACGGGGCGGGGAGUCCAGUCAGCCUCGUCAAUCAUGAGUCCGUGGCUCCGCCUUCGCCGACCCUGGGUCACACACUGCUGAGGAAGACUGUGGAUGAUGAAGAUGAUAUGAAGGACAGUGGAAUAGAGAACGUCUGGCACGAAAACGACUUGCUGAGUGCAUCAGUCGAUGGUACCGAUGAGAUGAAGGGAGACUACGACACUAUGGGGCCUGAUGCCGCUUUAGAGCCGGUUGGGAACGGUACAGUGAAGAGCGUUCACUGCGCUACUGAGUUUGAGGAUUUCUUCGGGAAGCGCAAACUGGUGGACACUGAAAGUCAUGUGGUCAGCAUUGCCGAAUACCUCCAAAGAGGAGACACAGCCAUCAUCUACCCCGAGGCACCGGAGGAACUCUCCCGUUCCCGCCUCGCCACGCCCGAAGCCAACGGACACGAGGAGAACGACCUGCCACCUGGAACUCCAGAUGCUUUCGCCCAACUGUUGACCUGCCCCUACUGCGACCGGGGUUACAAACGCUUGACUUCCCUAAAGGAACACAUCAAGUACCGGCACGAGAAAAACGAGGAGAACUUCGCCUGCCCUCUGUGCAGCUACACGUUUGCUUACCGCACUCAGCUGGAGAGACAUAUGGCCACACACAAGCCAGGACGAGAUCAGCACCAGAUUCUCAACCAGGGUUCUGGCAACCGCAAGUUCAAAUGCACUGAAUGUGGCAAGGCCUUCAAAUACAAACACCAUCUAAAGGAGCACCUGCGGAUACACAGUGGUGAGAAGCCAUACGAAUGUCCAAACUGUAAGAAGAGAUUCUCGCACUCCGGGUCGUACAGUUCGCACAUAAGCAGUAAGAAAUGCAUCGGACUGAUCGCCAUCAACGGCAGGGUGAGGAACAACCUGAAGACGGGUUCAUCUCCAACCUCCGCAUCAUCCUCCCCUACGAACACCGCCAUUUCCCAGCUACGACACAAACUGGAGAAUGGCAAACCCCUCGGUCUGCAAGACCAGUCCAACCACCUCAACAUCAAAUCUGAACCACUGGACUUCAACGACUAUAAGCUGAUGAUGGCCUCUCAUGGCUAUGGUACGGGCAGCCCCUUCCUGAAUGGCGGUGUGAGGGGAGGCAGCCCACUGGGCAUCCAUAACUCCCAGAGUCCCCUUCAGCACUUGGGCAUGGGUAUGGAGGGGCAAAUGCUGGGAUACCCGUCGCUGGGAAACAACCUGAGCGAGGUGCAGAAGGUCCUGCAGAUUGUGGACAACACUGUGUGUCGACAAAAAAUGGACUGCAAGCCCGAGGAGAUCUCCAAGUUGAAGGCGUACAUGAAGGAGUUGGGUUCCCACAUAGAGGAACAGAAGCAAGGGCUCACCUCGCCCGGUGGACCGCAGAACACUCUUCCACUCAUCAAUCACAACGGUGCCACCAAGAGCAUCAUAGACUACACGCUGGAGAAGGUCAACGAAGCCAAAGCCUGCCUUCAGAGCUUGACUACGGACUCUAAGAGGCAAAUUAGCAAUAUCAAGAAAGAGAAGGCAAAUCAUCUGCUAGAUGUAGGUAUAGAGGACAAAAUGCACGAGAAUAAUAAUCUAAUGUUUACACCCUUCUCCUGCCAGUAUUGCAAAGAGACCUUCCCUGGCCCUAUUCCCCUGCACCAGCACGAGCGCUACCUUUGCAAGAUGAACGAGGAAAUCAAAGCCGUGCUUCAGCCCACUCAGAACGCCACGACCAACAAAACCGGCUUGUUUGCUGAGAAACACGGCCUCUUGCACCCCUCCAUCAUCCCUGAGAAGGGUGUCAACGGCCCUAUCAGUCCCUACAAGGACCACAUGUCAGUGCUGAAAGCUUAUUUCGCCAUGAACAUGGAGCCCAACUCGGAGGAACUACUGAAAAUCUCCAUAGCGGUCGGCCUUCCGCAGGAGUUUGUGAAAGAGUGGUUUGAGCAAAGGAAAGUCUUUCAGUACGCUAAUUCCAGGACUCCUCCUUUAGACAGGAACCAUGUGGAGCCUGGCCAUCCUGUCUCCGUUCACACACCCACUAAAGACUCUUUAGGCAUGCGGUCUCCGAUGUCCCUGGUCAAAGGUGCUGACCGCAUCACAUCCCCCUCCAUCCCCGAGCUUCAUAACAACAUUAACAACUGCGACACCCCGCUCAGGCUCUCCAAAACCGCUCAGUUCUCCAACCACAAGCAGCUGGGGGAUAAGCUGGACCACUCCAGAAGCAACACGCCAUCUCCCCUUAACUUAUCGUCCGCCUCCUCCAAAAACUCGCACACUAGCUCUUACACACCCAACAGCUUCACCUCCGAGGACCUGCAGGCUGAACCUCUCGACCUCUCGUUGCCAAAGCUCAUGAAGGAGCCAAAGCACAUCUUGACUGUGAAAAGCCGACCCAAGCUAAACAGCACCCCCACCGACCAUAACCACGUCGUGACGCCCCGCGAGCACGCAGACGAGCCGCUCAACUUGGCUUAUCUGUCCAAGAAGGAGUUUGGCAGCCCCAAUGCAAACAGCAGUCUGGACAAGAGCUCGAGCCCCAUGUUUGGUCUGAACCCCUUCGCUGCCAAACCCCUGUACACCUCCCUGCCGCCCCAAAGCGCAUUUCCGCCUCCCACGUUUAUGCCCCCGGUGCAAGCCAGUCUCCCGGGGCUGAGACCCUACCCCAGCCUCGACCAGAUAAGCUUCUUGCCGCACAUGGCCUACACGUACGCGGCGGGGGCGGCCAGCUUCGCCGAGAUGCAGCAGAGGAGAAAAUACCAGCGGAAGCCAGGGUUCCAGAGCGAGCUUCUUGACGGGCCGGCAGAUUAUCUGAGCAGUCUAGAUGAUAUGGCCGACCCCGAGGCCUGUCUGUCCAGGAAGAAGAUUAAGAAAACAGAAAGUGGUAUGUACGCGUGUGACCUUUGCGACAAAACAUUCCAGAAGAGCAGUUCCCUCCUCAGACACAAAUAUGAACACACAGGUAAACGGCCGCACCAGUGUCAGAUCUGCAAGAAAGCGUUCAAACACAAGCACCAUCUGAUCGAACACAGCCGCCUGCACUCCGGAGAGAAGCCGUACCAGUGCGACAAGUGCGGCAAGCGCUUCUCGCACUCGGGCUCGUACUCGCAGCACAUGAACCACAGGUACUCGUACUGCAAGAGGGAGGCCGAGGAGCGCGAGGCGGCCGAGCGCGAGGCCCGGGAAAAGGGUCACCUGGAGCCCACGGAGCUGCUGCUGAACCGGGCGUACCUGCAGGGCAUCGCUCCGCCCGGAUACCCCGAGCACCAGGAGCGGGAGCCCAUCCUGCGGGACGGCCUGAACGGGAGCAUACGGGAGCGACUCAAGGAGGUGGAGGGCGCCUUCGUGAAGAUGGGCCGGCGGGACGACGAGUUCGAGGAGGAGGAAGAGGAGAGCGAAAACAAAAGCAUGGACACGGACGGGGACACCAUGAGGGACGAGGAGGAAAACGGCGAGCACUCGAUGGACGAGAGCUCCGUGGACGGCAAAACCGAAUCCAAAUCGGAUCACGAGGACGGCGUGGAGGACGCGGUGUAGCCGACGUUCGGGGGACGGGUCGCCUGCGAAGCUGCAUUAUGCAAAAAUGAGCAGAAGAAGAAAAAAAAAAGAAAGAAAGAAAGAAAGAAAGAAAGAAAGGAAACUAAAAUAAAUGAAGUUUUAAAAAUUGUACAGUAUUAAGGCCUAAAAUAUGUGUGGUGCUACCAUCCUAAAAUCAUGUGUUCCAUAGUAUUUAUAGCACAAACUAGUAACUUGUACAAAAAUUGCACUCUGCUUCUAUAAUCACUACGAGAAUAAUGAAAUUAUUUGCCGAUGUAUAUUUAUACAGUGUUAAAAAAAAUGCGCAUCUGCGGCGCGUCGGGCCGCAGGGGAUCAGUAUUUAAUGCGUCUCUGCCCUCGCCACACACUCUUUUAGGCCUCGUCACCGAAUUCAUGUGAAGGACCGUAACAGUAUUCCGUUUGUUUUGACGAUUUCGAGUCUUAAAGAGACUGUUUGGAGAGAGAACGACCAUUCGACCGGGACAGACGGAAGGACGAAGCCUUGGGAAGGUUGUUGCCUUAUAUGCAAACCUGUUAAUCAGCGCGUUUCUAAAGUGCCAACCCCGUUCAGUGCGAGAGGAGAGCGACGCCGAGCCGUCUCUCUUUCUUUCUCUCUCUCUCUCCGAUCAGCACGUUCUCUCUGUUAGCACAGCAGCUCUUUAGUUUACAACGACGUUUGUGCAAUUUCGUUCUCAGUAUUACACCAAACCGUUUUGCAAUGACACAGUUGCAUCCUUUUAUUUGUAGGUUUAAAUAACAUCUUAUUUAUGUGGCCCAUUUUGUAUCUCCUGAUUUUAUUUAUUUCAUACUGUACAGUACAGUAUUAUAGUUCUUCAAUAAAUAGAUCUAUUUUAGUAAAAUGGAACCUGGAGUUGAUGAGAGCAUUUAUUGUGUUUUGAAACAUUAAUUGUGAAAUGCAAAUUUUCAAUUUCAUUUCCGUUCAUUUUAUUUUGUUGUUGAUCUUUUAUUUUCCAGUUACUGGAAAUUCCAAAAUUUGGGAACUUUUGAUACAAUAUUGUGAGAACACUGUAUUUUCAACUGAAAAACCGAGAAAAGAGAUCCACUUUCAUGUCUUUUGCUGAAGUGGAACAGGGACAGUUGAAAUUCAAUGUAUGAUAAUAUCAUGACUGAAAACACACCGAUCUUUCCUGAAAUGUCUUUGUAAGAGUAUUAUGGACUUUUUAAUUUGUAAUUUCUCUUGGAAAUGACCAUGCUCAAAUAAAAGUAGCCAAAUUAAAGAACUUUUCAAGAACGCGUGUGAAUGCGAGUGUGUGUGUGUGUGUGCGUGUGCGCGCGCGCCGAAUUAUCAUACGUCGUCCAUAUAUUCAUGUGUUUUUGUUUUAGAGGACACUCGCCGAUUUGACUCUACGAGAGCGGCGGCAAUUUCACCUUUCAAAGGUGAUUCUCAGGCUCCGUCAUUAGAUAUUCCUGCAACUUCACAGCCGAUGAAGGCCGAGCAGGUUUUCAAUGAACUCUUCAAAUAAAGAGCCGAGAACCUGUCGAACAAAGCCAGAGGGAGACAGACAGACAGACAGACAGAGAGACAGCUUAAAGUGUCUUGAGCGUUUCUACAGCAUAUGCAUAUGAAAGCACAGAUCAAACGCCCUCUCACACACACACACACACACACUCGACGCCCAGCCAUCCGCAUCACUC